CGGCCAGGACCACACCUAGACACUAGCAUCACCAGCAGCGUCCACUCCAGUAUCGUCAAAGCCGCGCGUGUCGUCGAGCCUCCUGCCGCUUCAUACCUUGUUAUACACGCCCAGUCCACCUUCAAGUGUGCUUGCUCCACGGCUGCCGGCCACUCACUAGCGUGCCCACACAAAGGCACCCGCAGCGCACCUCCUCCACCCACCUCUCCCACGCACACUUUCUCAGUGGGCCGAUUGCUCAACCACCGUCACCACACAUUCGCCCAACGUCAACAUCACCCGUAGGCUGCACCUUGUCAACAGCAUCGAAGCCACCAGUAGUAUCUUCAUCCCCAGCGCCGCCUCCCCCAUGGCAGGGCCGUCAUCUCACUUCGGUCCAUUCAUGUGAACCCCGACAUCGCGUCAGCGGCUCUUCUGCUCGAAUCUCGCCCGCCUCCAUCCGCAUCCCGGCGGACGGCUUCCCUCGUGUCCCAGCUCUGCUGCUGUCAUCAUGUUGCGACGGCCUCCUGCUGAGGGACGGCUAGUCGCCCGACAACCCAAGAAGGCCCUCCUCGUCUGGGCCCUGCUCCUCCCCUGGCUAGCCUCCGUCGACGCCCUCCAGCCGCAGCAAAAUCAGCGAAACGCCAUCCACCACGAAGCUGCUGCGGUCCGUAAUGCCAAUAACGUCGGUAGCAAUAGCUACAGUCACCAUCUCAACAAUGCCGCCGAUUCUGCAGGUCAGCGCCGGCGGCAGCCGCCCUCGGCCGAGGUUGACCUCCCAGCCGAGCACCUUGCCGCCACCUCAGCCCAGUCACUGCUUGACAACCAGGGCACCCCGACCAUCGGCUACAAGAGCACCAUAGCCACCGUCCAGCACCGCUACGACGACCCGAACCUCUUAAAACAUAACCCUAUCCCCGACGAUGCGAGCGCCCUCGCAACCACUUUGGCUCCGGCUCCGCCCGUUCGAGCACCAUUCCCCUCCAGGCAUCUGUCCAGCCUCCUUCCUGGAGGCGGCCUCUCCUCGCUGCACCACUCUGCGCGGAGCCUGGAGGACUGGGAAGUAGAAGAUUUCGUUCUUCUGGCGACCGUCGAUGGACACCUUCAUGCUGUCGACCGCGAGUCCGGCGACGAACGCUGGCAUCUCGAGGUCGAGCAGCCAGUAGUGGAGACCAUCCACCACAACGCCUCCGCCCACGGCGACGGCGGCCCUGAUGACCGCAAUCGGCACCCACUCCAUGGCAACAUCUGGGCUAUCGAGCCUACGCGCAACGGCCCCCUCUAUGUGUGGACCCAAUCUGGGCUCGGCUCGGGUCUCAUGAGCACAGGCUUGACUAUGAAGCAGCUUGUCGACGACCACGUCCCUUACGCCGUGCCUGAUCCACCAGUAGUAUAUAAUGGAUACAAGAAGACGACUCUGAUCACGCUCGAUGCAUUCACUGGAAGGGUCCUCAAGUGGUUUGGCCCUGGAAGCCCGCCUCAAGUUGACGAUCGCGCCACCUGCUACCGUCCCAACGGCCGCUUUGCUGACGGCGACGAGUGCGUCAGCAGCGGCACAAUCACGUUGAGCCGUACCGAGUACAUCGUGACCAUCGACCACCUCGACAGGUCCGAGCAGAUCGCAACCCUCAAGUACACUGAGUGGGGACCCAACAACGCCGACAGUGACCUGCACGAGCAGUACCGCAGGUCACAUGGUGAACGCUACAUUACGAGCCGGACUGACGGCAAGCUGUACGUCCUGGGCCCGUCUGGCAAAUGGUCCAUGUCCCUGCAAUCGUCCGUGCCUGUCGCCAACGUGUUCGAGAUAGCCCGGCCCGAAGACGCCCCUGCCGGGAGCAAUCCAGAACUCGUUCUCCUUCCACAACCGACUCCGGACGCCAAGGAUGAAGCAACGGCCAUAGCACGUAGCAGCAAGGUCUUUUUGAACCAGACCGAGACAGGCAGUUGGUACGCCAUGUCUGGCAUUGCAUACCCUUUGAUCCUAGACGCCCCUACUGCCCAAUUGAGCCGCUAUUCCAUGAGGGACAUCAAUCUGGACCCGAGCAGGCCAAGGCAGGAGCAGAUUGCGGAAGCCCUUGUAGGUACGCAUGCUCUCGGGCAGAAGACUUCACAGUGGCCAACGCCUGUGCCAGGUCUGCCAGCACCCCCGGAGCAGGAGAAGGAAGGCGAAAAACUCACGGAGCAGGAGGACGUCGGGCAAGUUUCCAGCAAGCUCGCAGAGAACAUUUCACACUUCCCCGAUAUCGUGACGGAGAACAUCUUGUCCAUCCCUGACUACAUGACCCGGAAGGCGACGGACUUCUUCACCAAUCCCGUGGUCUUGCUAGUCGGCAUGUAUUUGCUGUUCACGAAGCGAAGAGACAUUGCUCGCUACCUCAAGGGCACAAGCAAGUUCAGCAAAGACUACGAUGCCACCAUCACCGUUGAGCCCACAGAGGAUGCUGGUCAGCAAGUCACAAAGGUUGAAGACAAGCUUGCAGAUCCUGGUACUGUCAGGUUAGGAGCCAAGCAGCCAGCAGACCCGGCAAUCGACGAUGCAAGUGCUUCCGCAGACAAGGCGGCCGCACCAGCUGAGGCUGUUGACACUGUCGCAGCCUCUCUUGAGCAAGCCAAGCAGGAUGACAGCCCGGCCGAGCAGGAAUCGCCGGCUGGCUCGGAGUCUCCUGAGAAGAAGAAGAAGGCGCAUCGUGGCCGUAGGGGUGGCGUAAAGCACCGCAAGGGAGUCAAGAAACAGGACUCGACCGGGUCCAAGGAUGGUAAUGGCUCGGAUGAGCUCAAUGACGCUGUGCCUGGCAUCCGCAAUGUUGGCAUGCCCACUAAGAUUGAGCCCAACAUUACGACCGUCAAUAACGACCCAGAGGACGUGAGCGGCCCCAUCCUGAGGAUCGGCGACAUUGAGGUCAACCAAGAUGAGCAACUCGGCAUGGGCAGCAAUGGAACAGUAGUUUUCUCCGGAAAGUUCCAUGGCCGUGACGUCGCCGUCAAGCGCAUGCUUACCCAGUUCUGGGAGAUUGCUACCCAAGAGACGCGCCUGCUGCUCGAAAGUGACAAGCAUCCCAAUGUCAUUCAAUACUUCGCCAUGUCCAAAAGCGACAGCUUCCUCUACAUUGCACUCGAACUAUGCCAGGCGUCCUUGUCUGACGUCGUAGACAGGCCGCACCUGUUCCCCAAAUUGGCCCAGGCUGGUGAGAUGGAUAUGCCUCGUGUCCUCCUGCAGAUUGCCCAUGGACUCAGCUUCCUGCAUGAUUUGCGUAUUGUCCAUCGCGAUCUCAAACCUCAGAACAUCCUUGUGACGAUGGGCCGCGACGGCAAGCCGAGACUGCUGGUGUCCGAUUUUGGACUCUGCAAGAAGCUCGAGGGUGGACAGUCGUCCUUUGGCGCCACCACGGCCCAUGCCGCUGGUACUUCUGGUUGGCGAGCUCCGGAGUUGCUGCUUGACGACGAUGCCCGAGACGGCUCGCACUCGAUGAGCAGCAUCCAUAGUGACUCGAGCCAGCUUGUUGGGUCUGACGCCAUGACGAGCCGGCGUGCCACACGCGCCAUUGACAUCUUCAGUCUGGGUCUGGUGUUUUUCUAUGUCCUUACCAAGGGCUCUCACCCGUUCGACUGUGGCGAUCGGUACAUGCGCGAGGUCAACAUCAGGAAGGGGCAGUACAACCUAGACCCGUUGGACGUCCUGGGUGAUGUUGCCUACGAGGCCAAGGCUUUGAUUGACAUCAUGCUCAGGACGGACCCUCGGGCCCGCCCGACGGCUCGAGAGGUCAUGUGCCACCCAUUUUUCUGGUCCCCUAAGGAGCGGCUUGCGUUCUUGUGCGACGUGUCGGACCAUUUCGAGCUCGAACCCCGUGACCCACCCUCGCCGGCACUGGCACUGCUUGAGACGUAUGCGCCCAAGGUCUGCCGCGGGGACUUUCUCAAGAUCCUGCCAAAGGAGUUUGUUGACAGCCUGGGCAAGCAGCGCAAGUACACUGGCACUCGGAUGCUUGAUCUGCUGCGCGCCCUACGGAACAAGCGCUUCCACUAUGGCGACAUGAACGAGAGUCUGAAGAAGAUGGUCGGAGGACUGCCCGAGGGGUACCUUGGGUUCUGGACGAUGCGCUUCCCGAAUCUGUUAAUUGUGUGCUGUGAGGUGAUAUACCGGCUUGAUCUGGAAGGGACUGACACGUUCUGCGAGUACUUUAAGCCCAGGACGCCUUGAUUGAUGUUUUGUAGCUGUUGUACGACAUUGCUUGUGGAGGCUGGAUGGUAUAUAUUAGCGUGGUGUAAAAGUUUUGAAUAAUACAGCGUGUUGGUAUCG